UUGUAAGUCAAUAUAUUCCGUCAACCUCAUUAUUUUAUUUUCACAAAUACGUUACCUUCGCUUUGUAAUUUUUUACACCUCUCUUCCUAUACUCUGCGUUUUCCUUCACCAUGGCUGCCGCUCAAGCUUCCAAAUCCGUGAAAAAAGCUCCCGCUCCAAAGAAAUCUACUGCUAAGACCUCUCCUUCUCAUCCUCCUUACAUCGAUAUGAUAACUGAGGCGUUAGUUUCGUUGAAGGAGAAAACAGGUUCAAGCCAUUACGCAAUUGCGAAACACAUCGAAGAACAGCAGAAAGUGAAAGAUCUUCCACCGAAUUUCAAGAAAAUUCUCUUCAACCAAAUUAAAAAGUUUGUCUCAUCAGGAAAACUUAUUAAAGUGAAAAACUCCUUUAAACUUCCUGCAAAGAGUUCAACUGCUCCGGUUGCCGCUGAGAAGCCAAAGCCUAAACCAAAAGCCGCCGAGAAGCCAAAGUCUAAGCCGGCUAAGAAACUAGCGUCUGGUGCAGCAGCAAAACCAGCCAAAAAGCAAAAAGUAGCCGUGAAAGUUGCAGUUAAAGUUACUAAGUCGCCAGCAAAGAAGGUUGCCGCGGUGAAAGCAAAGAAGCCUAAGAGUAUUAAAUCUCCGGCGAAGAAGGCAACUGCUGUGAAAAAAACUACACCGACGAAGAAAACUAAGAAGUGAAAUGUUAGAAAUUAGGGUUCUCAUUGAUUGAAAUUAGGAUUUGUGGUGUGUAUAUUUGUCAAUAAAGUACUUAAGGUUUGAUUAGAGAACAAGUUAUGAAUGAUCAUAACUUUGUAGUGGCAGGAAUUUUUCUAUGGUUCGAUUUUAGUUUAAUUUUUUGUAAACAAACUCGACUUAAUUGAGUUGUUUUGCAAUGGAUAUUAGUUUUCUAACUUUA